AUGGCGUAUAUGCUUCCUCAUCUGCAUUCUGGCUGGGCUGUGGACCAAGCCAUUUUGGGGGAGGAGGAACGAUUAGUUUGUAUACGGUUCGGCCAUGAUUACGACCCACAAUGCAUGCAAAUGGAUGAGGUGUUGUAUAACUGUGCAGAGGAUGUUAAGAACUUUGCGGCGAUAUACUUGGUUGAUACUAGAGAGGUACCCGACUUCAACACAAUGUAUGAGCUGUAUGAUCCUGUUACAGUUAUGUUCUUCUAUCGGUGA